CGGCGUAUACUAUAUCAGUUAGCCACCUGACAAUAAAAGGGUGUGGCAUAGUGAUUUCAUUCGUGUAGAAGAACAUCACGUGGAAAUUAAAAUCAUGUGACGAGGAAAAGCUAACAACAGAAAAUGGCUGCAACGGGUGAGAAAGCUGCUGAUAUGGACAGCAUCUCCAGGGUGGUAAUGGCCCAUCCGACUGCGUUAAAUCUGACAGGAACCACCGUCCCUCACGGCGAGAGCUUGGAAGAUGCAGUGGAACCUCUUGCACCAGCGCUCAAGAAGCCAAGCACGAACAGUGAUGGUGGAGUGGAGACGGCAGAGGAGGCUGUGGAGCCUGCAGAACCCGACAUUAAUGAGCUUUGCACUGACAUGUUUGACAAGAUGGCAAUAUUUCUACAAGGAGAACUCACAGCAACAUGUGAGGAUUACCGGCUGCUGGAGAACAUGAACAAGCUGACCAGUCUCAAGUACAUGGAGAUGAAGGACAUCAGCAUCAACAUCAGCCGUAACCUGCAAGACCUCAACAACAAAUAUGCCAGCCUUCAACCUUACCUGGAUCAAAUAAAUCAAAUUGAAGAACAGGUAUCAUCUCUGGAACAGGCUGCUUACAAACUAGAUGCAUACUCCAAGAAGCUUGAGGCAAAAUUCAAGAAACUGGAGAAGCGAUGAGAAGACAUGCUGUCUCUCUUCUUCCCCUCCCCUUACCAGUCCAGCACGGCACUACAAGACAGAAACAACAUCCAGGCAAGCUCAAUUUCACACCUAAAUAAAACGCUUGAGAAACGGACAGUUGGCACUGCUUGAAUCCUAAUGAGCUUCAGCCGGAACGGACUUGAAGAUUAUGGCCAACUCUUUAGAUCCAUGGUAAAGUAUGGCAUACAUUUUAUAAAAGAAAGUAAUUUGCCCCUACUCCUUGUUGAAAAAAGGUGUGCCCCAUCUGGAAAAUGAUCUACAUGGCAGCGUAUUCAGUGUGAUAGAUUUCCCUUACAGUAUUAAAGCCUCAGGUAGGGUUGAUCCAAAAGGCUUGAAGGCAUUGUUAUGUACUUGGACUAAUACUGAUAGAGAACACUUACACAUGGUAUUGCGUAACUGUGUUGAAGGCAGCUGAAGCCAACUCGUUAGAAUGCAGUAUGCUUUGGAAGAGGAGUUUAUUUAGAAUAGAGAAAUUGGAUAAUAUGUAAUGUGUACAUAAGUCGGAGAUGAAAAGUAUAUAUUUUUUUUUUGACCAAUGGAUUGUUAUGCCCUUUCCGUACGGCAAUCAGCAGGUGUCAGUGCUGCACCAUGUUCAAUGUUGCCUCUCAAUACUGGCUUUGACUUUAGUCUUCAUGCAAGUGGUUAACAGAACUAGUUUGUUUGACACGUUUACUCUUACUGGUUAAAAUGUUCUUGGUUGUUCAAAAUGAGACAGCUACUUGGACAUUGAGUUGUCAGUUGACAUUUCCCAACUGUUUUUUAUUGCUUUUCUUUUACUAUAGUAACUAUUACUAUUUUUUGUUAACCUAUUAUAACAAUUGAUAUUCUGUUACUAUGAUAAAUAAACAGGCUCUUGCACAAUACUAUGUAACCAGUCUGAUAUCACAAUAAGGUUGCAGUUUUGUUCCAAUCCCAAUCACACAAACACUCGAUUCAUGCUGCAGUUGACCCAGGUUUGUUGACAACAGUCCCCAUGAAUCAACAAUGGAGCCUACUCCACCAUCACUAUAAUCCAUAGGUGGGUCAGAGUGUUCGUGGCGCUUGAGCUCCUGAUACCUUCCUCAUCGGGAUAAUUUACAUAUUCGGUUUCUCUGUUAUUCAUUGUGAAACGUAAGUUAAGGCUGAGAGAAUGAAAAAGUAAUUAUGGGUUGAGUAUUUGCCGGAGACGAGGAGCAGGUCACUAAUCUAGAAUCUAUGCAAGUUCUUUUUCACUAUCAAAGGUUUCGCUCUCCGUCAUUCACAACUUUUGCUGUAAACCUACACACCUAUAGCUGUGGGCAGCAGCAUAUAACCUAAAGUAAUUGAGCUCCCCUGUGUUGUUGUGAUCCCAUGUGAGUGUAAGAGGGGAGAGAGGGGCCUAAUCUAAAACAGGUUGUUUUCAUUAUUUUUGCUAAGGCCCCAACACAGAGGGAACUCAUUAUUCAUACUGUUAUAUUGUUUGCAGCAGAGCAGAAACCCCUCCAUCUCCCUCUCUUUCCCCAGGCCCCAGGGCAGUAAUAUGCUCCUGUGUUUUACCGUCUCUGUAUUUUAUCAGAUCUACUUUUGUUUUUUUCUUAAAAUGGGAUAUUUUUUACCGGAGGUUUGUUACUGUAUGUUAUAGAAAAAAUAAGAUUUGUAGGUGUAUCUUAGAUACAAAAUUAUGUUAUCAGAUUGAUAACAUGCCUGGCACAAUAUCCUUCUAAGGUUAUCGUUCAGUGCAUAUGUUAAGAUAUAACAGGUAGUCUAUGCACCACAUCGUUGUUAGGAUACCGGGCAUAAAGUACAUAAACCAGAGGUUAAACAGGGAUUCUGGGUUAAUUCCCACCACCGCCCAGCUUUCCAUACCUCAAUUGCUCCGAUAGGGUGCAUUAUAGCAAGUCAGUUAGCCAACCGUGAAGCAUGCCUCAGUAAAAUACCCCCAAACUCUAAUAGGGAUGGUAGGUUAUGGAAACACCAAUGCACACCAAUAUGCAGAUCUAUGUUUUUAUUGGGUAACUUGUCAUCUUAAUCACCAGGAUGUUCCUUUUCAGCAAGUUUCUACUUGGAAUCAACACAUUCCUAAUUAAGAAAAGUGUUCCCAUGUUUGAGUUUGGUUGGUGUGUUUAUUUGUUGCUAGGGUAGACCAGACAUCUUUUAAACACUGGGGUUGUCAAGGGGCUUCAUGGGUUUUGGUUUUAAAUUGUAGUUCAAUAAAAGUUGUGUACACUGGUCCUUUCGCAUGUUAUUACUGAGAACGGUGAUAAUAAACCGUAAGCAGAAAAUGUGCUAACUUUGUAUGUUUAUUCUAAAGUUAAUUAAUUAUAGUUAGUUAAAGUUAGUCAUCAAUAACCUGAUAUAUUAAUGAAAAGGAGAAGAUAUAUAGCAUAUGUCUUCAACUCCCAAGCUUUGUUGAGAUUUGCUAUUACUUUAGACAGGGGAAAGAAUCUAGCAUUUUAAGUAUUUAUUUUCUCCUAUGAAGAUCAAAUGUAAGUGUCUCUAGUCUAGAUUGAGAAUUACCACAAUAGACACAACUCGGCAGUUCUCAUGCUUUUGCUAUUGUUUAUCCUCAGUUUGAGGGUUAGUUAAUUUAGUAUUGACACAGACAGACAGACAAACACAGAACGCUUAUAAAUAUACACACUUGCUUCAUGUUAUUAUAGAUUUGAUUGCAUUUUUGAUUCUGGUCUUCCUAAAAUAAAAACAUUUCUUAGAAUAAACAUUCCUCGCAAAAAAGCAACCACAACCGAUCAAAAAAACAAACAGAGUAGGCUCCACUUGAAUUGGAUUUGACCAAAUGCAGAAAGUAGCCAGCAGUGAGAUUAAAAGAGCGUCAAACAUCUUGUCACAAUCUGCUACAAUCUGCAGCAGAGGUGCUUUUUCCCCCCCAAAAGCCUGGUGCCAGUUAGCAAUGGCAGGGCGAAAUGCCACCCCACGCUGUUGUGUAAUGGACAGGUUUGCCAUGAUCUGUGGGAGACUUUACUACACUUCACAAAUGAGAGAGAGAGAGAGAGAGCCAGUGAGAGAGAGAUUACUGUACAUGAUCAAAUUGACUUGAAGCCAUCUUUGUCAUCGUUGUGUUAAUUGGCGUAGUUAAGCGUUAACAACUUUCCUAAUGGAGAUUGUCACACAAACGUUAACUGUUUUUUUGCGGAGAACCACGUACGCACACACACACACACAAAAACUAUACCUACACUCCAGCUUGUAAAAUGUAACAAAACCAUGCCCCUGCAACAGAGAAUGCCUUUAAAAUAAAUCCAAAUGACCUGAGAUAAAUGGUGAGACUGUACAUGUUUACAUCCAUUCGAGAGCUGCCUGUAGAUCUUGCAGGCAUUUUCUCCUCAAAUACGAACCACAUGUGAGAUCAGAGGAACUGCGUCAAACUUCAAAUACCUUUCCUGGGAAAGGAGAUGAAAAGACACACAAGGUUCACCCUCCGUCACUCCAGCACUCACACCUCCAUCAAGCACACACGUGGGCACGAAAGCUCACACUCAUGACCCAGGUGUCACUUCUAGCUUGCAGCAGAUCUUUAAAACCCCACCUUUGUAAUUCUAACCCCAGCCCCAAGAAGUACAUGUCAGCCGUAUAGCACUUUGAACCAAGUGCUAAAUCUGCCUGCGUUAUUCUCAA